AAAGUUUCUGUAAAUAAAGGAGAAUAGGGCGCACAUCGUGAUUUGGACCAAUGUCAGAAAGUGCAGAGACGACACAACAAAAAAUGGACAGACGUAAAAAACGCACAUCGACCAACCAGUACAUGAUGUACAUUGAAAUGAUGGAAAAGGACCCCAUCUUUGCCACAGGACGCGUACCUAGAGACUAUGAUCCCAAUUAUUUGUCGAGAAAAUGGAAAGAGCUGUCGGAUAAACUGAAUGGAUGUAGUAAUGGACCGACAUUGACUUCCGAAGAGUGGCGUAAGCGUUUGAACGACUGGAAGAACACUACACGCUGUAAAUAUAGACGCAGUAUAUCGGGUGAAAAGGAUAUCACAAUGACAUCGCUGGAAAUGCGUGCUUUGGAACUCUUCGGCAAAGUGCCGGCACAAUCAGCACCCGAACAAAUUUCAAUACAUUUCAAAUCAGAAAAGGAGGAGGAGGACAUCGAUGAUAUGGAACACAUGCCGACUACGGAAACAUUCCAGAAGCAAUUGCAGGCAGCCGUCGAAGAAGCUAUUGGCGAUGAUGACGAUCACAUUGUUGAAAACGAAGCAGAGGAGCAUGAGGAAAUAGUGCCGGAGACUAACCACAAUACAACAGUGCAACAUGCCACGACUGUUACAACAGGAAUUAACCAAAAUAAUGGACAUUCGAGUGGUGGCGGUGCACCACAGCCGGGUACUACAUAUCGUACUAUUGUUGUAGAGGACUCUGCCUACCACGAGGACGACAAUACACCCGAGGAGCAAUUGGAAUUCAUAACACAUCGACGUUCAACAUGUUCCAGUUCGGGUGUACAAACGGUGGUGACAACUCCAUCGGGUACGGUGACAAAAUUGAUAAAUGGUGAUAUACCGCUGAAGAGACUACGUUCACAAAUAUCCGAUCAAAUUAUUUAUGAAGUGAAAAAGGCACCACCUUCGUCACGUCCCACAUUUACGGUAUCACAUCCACACAUACAGCAUCAUCAGACACAAACACAAAGUCAUCAUCAGCAGCAACAACAGCAGCCGCAGCAACACCAUCAUCAAACAAUCGUACAAGAGGUUCCCGCAACUUCAUCAACAUCCACACUGGCCGGUCAGUUAUUUGCAUCACAGGAUAUUCGAGAGGUAGCCCGACAACUAAAACGUCUGGCUGAUAUAAAAACAGAGAAACUCAAAUUUGAAAUUGCCCGUUACAAAUUCAACAAUCCCGGCUUCAAUUACAACUUCAAUCCCUUAUAGUAGCAUGAAACCGACAAUGGCCAUUAUAUACAAACCAAUGUCGACAUAAAUGAACCUUAUUAUUCCUAAAAAAAUCAUAUUGUAAAGU